AUGGAUGAAGUUGGAGCCCGUCAUCCUAAGGCAUGCAUAACCUGUGCCAAGGCCAAAGUACGAUGUUUCCCGGAAACCGAAGGUCCUUGUAAACGUUGUCGUCGCUUGAGAAAAGAAUGCCAAAAGCAAGCACCCGGCGCCCAUCGUCGUGAGAAGAAAUCCGUCGCAAGUGGCUCAGAUGUUGCCGCACUUGAGGCUAAAUUAGACCGUAUGGUCGCCAUGCUGGCCGCCUCGGAACGAAAUACCAGAGAACGGGUAGAAAGCGGCCCAGAAACGAGAUCAUCAUCUACGGUUGAAGAGAACCCUGCUGCUCCCGAUGAAAUUGAAGGCCAGCUGUUGAUAGAAGUAUUCUCCAAGAGAAUGUUCCCUCUCUUUCCAUUCCUUAUGAUGCCCCCGGAUAUCACAGCAGAGGAACUGCGUCGAGAGAAACCAUUCCUCUAUCUGAAUAUCUCAAUGGUCGCGUGCCAAAACGCGCCACGUCAGCGAGAAAUUGUGCAUGCAGUCAAAGAAUAUGUGGCCGAGCACAUCGUCAUGAGAGGAGAACAUAGCCUGGAUCUUCUUCAGGGGCUUCUCAUCAAUGUGGCUUGGUUCGUUUCAGUCAGUCGUUUCCCGCGACCUAGGAACCAACCCCCCGAUGUGCUCAAAUCGGAAGAGGAGAUUCGCCAAGCUAUCCGAAGCACUGCCCAGCUUGAUACAUUCGUGCACUUACUCGUGGCGCAAUCCUUCAGUUUGGGCCUAAAUCAAGAACUGAAUUACCAGAAGAACUUGAACUAUGCUCUGAGUUAUUUGAAGGAAUCUAUAAAUGAUGACUCUCAUACUCCGGUUCGGACGUUGGAAGAGCGACGAACCUAUCUUGGGUGUUAUUAUCUGACUACCAUGCUCUCAACAUGUGUAAAAGACCUGGGGCCGAUUAUUCGCUUUACAAGAUACACCGACGAAUGCUGCAAUGUCCUAGACCAGGUCGCAGAGUAUCCCACCGAUGCUUCUCUCGUACAGCUAGUCCGAGCGAUGAAACUGGCAGACAAGAUCCAUCACACACUAUAUUACACCGACCUCCAUUCUUCAUCGGGUUCAUCAGCGCCCCCGCCACUUGGUCUAAGCAUACGAUGGCUUGAAGCCGAACUUAAGCAACUCAAAGCUCGCAUGCCGAGUCAGGCACCACACAAUGCCAUUCUACAGCUUCAUUACAACACGCUCGAGCUACAUCUUUACCGGGUUGCGCUUAUUAACGAACCCAAACCUAACUACGGUGAUCAUCCUCUCAUACAACUGGAUCUUCUUUUCCGCUGCGUGGAAGCGACAACCUCCUUUUUGCAAAACAUCCUCUCUCUCCCCUCUGCUCUUUUCCCUUUCUUCCCCUUCACCAUAAUGUGUCAAUUUGGCAAGGCAAUCGUCACUCUUUCCCAGCUAUCUCUAUAUGACCAUCCCGGAUGGGACCGCGCAUACGUGGAAAGCAUAAUGGACUUCGACCAGACCGUUGAUCGUAUAACUGGCAAGCUCGAAGAAGAACUUCCAUUCUUCGAACAGGCUCUUGCGCAAGACCCCAAGUCUGCUGAACUGCCGGAGAUAUUUGGAAGGAUGACCAAUCGCGCGGUAACGAUUAAAAGGAUGCAUCGGCGGAGAAAAGAAGCCCUGGAACAAACCUCCCUGCCAACAAAUGCCGCCCCGAUGGACUACAACUUCAUGAUAGAUUGUCCCCUCGAUAUGCUGUUUCCUUUCGGUGAGAUGCCACCGAUUUAUGGGCAAUAUAGUUGA